CGAGUGGCGGGCGGUCACGUGACGCGACGGCUGGGGGCUCCCGGCGCGGGGGACGCUGGUGGCCAAGAUGGCGGCGGAGCUGGUGGAGGCCAAAAACAUGGUGAUGAGCUUCCGAGUGUCCGACCUCCAGAUGCUGCUGGGCUUCGUGGGCCGCAGCAAGAGCGGCCUGAAGCACGAGCUGGUGACCCGCGCGCUGCAGCUCGUGCAGUUUGACUGCAGCCCCGAGCUCUUCAAGAAGAUCAAGGAGCUGUACGAGACGCGCUACGCCAAGAAGCACGCUGAGCCCGGGCCGCCCGCCCGCGGCCUCGACCCCCUGGCCGUGCACACCGCCGCCUUCGAGCGCGAGCGGCCGGCUGCGGGGGCGCGCGCGCCGCUGCCCGGCCCCAACCUCGACUUCCCCGUGCUCUAUGGCAAGUACCUCAAUGGACUGGGCCGCCUGCCCAAGGCGCUGAAGCCCGAGGUGCGCCUGGUCAAGCUGCCCUUCUUCAAUAUGCUGGAUGAGCUGCUGAAGCCCACGGAGCUGGUCCCGCAGAACAGCGAGAAACUGCAGGAGAGCCCGUGCAUCUUCGCCCUGACGCCGCGGCAGGUGGAGCUCAUCCGAAAUUCCAGGGAGCUGCAGCCCGGGAUCAAGGCCGUGCAGGUGGUGCUGAGGAUCUGCUACUCGGACGCCAGUGGCCCACAGGAGGACCAGUACCCCCCCAACAUCGCCGUGAAGGUCAACCACAGCUACUGCUCCGUCCCGGGCUACUACCCCUCCAACAAGCCGGGCGUGGAGCCCAAGCGGCCGUGCCGCCCCAUCAACCUCACCCACCUCAUGUACCUGUCAUCGGCCACCAACCGCAUCACCGUCACCUGGGGCAACUACGGCAAGAGCUACUCGGUGGCCUUGUACCUGGUGCGGCAGCUGACCUCCUCUGAGCUGCUGCAGCGGUUGAAGACCAUCGGGGUGAAGCACCCAGAGUUGUGCAAGUCGCUGGUCAAGGAGAAGCUGCGCCUGGACCCUGACAGCGAGAUCGCCACCACGGGCGUGCGGGUGUCCCUCAUCUGCCCGCUGGUGAAGAUGCGGCUGUCGGUGCCCUGCCGGGCUGAGACAUGUGCCCACCUGCAGUGCUUCGACGCUGUCUUCUACCUGCAGAUGAACGAGAAGAAGCCCACCUGGAUGUGCCCUGUGUGCGACAAGCCGGCCCCCUACGACCAGCUCAUCAUCGAUGGGCUCCUCUCCAAGAUCCUGAGUGAGUGUGAGGACGCAGACGAGAUCGAGUUCCUGGCGGACGGUUCGUGGUGCCCGAUCCGCGCGGAGAAGGAGCGGAGCUGCAGCCCGCAGUGCCCGAUCCUGGUGCUGGGCACCUCGGACGCCAACGGGCUCCUGGCCACCCCCAGCAUUAACGGCGGCAGCAGCAGCGGCGGCGGCACGGGCGGGGGCAGCGGGGCCCUGGGGGGCGGCGGCGCGGGGGGCAGCGUGGAGAAUGGCAAGACCGGCGCCGACGUGGUGGACCUCACUUUGGACAGCUCAUCGUCUUCGGAGGACGAAGACGAGGAGGAAGAGGAGGACGAGGACGAGGACGAGGAGGGCCCGCGGCCCAAGCGCCGCUGCCCGUUCCCCAAGGGCCUGGUGUCGGCCUGCUGACCGCGCCGCGCGGCCGCCCGGCCGGACUCACUUUUCUGGUGCUCUCCGCGCGCGUGCGCGCCGGCGGACAGACGCGGGGCGCGGAGGCGGCGCGAGUGACCUUAGCUGGCUUUCCACCGUUCCUCUGUCCGGACACCCCCUCUGCCCGGCGCCCGGUGCUGCACCCGCGGGACCGGACUGGACUGUCCUAGGGGAGGAUUUAAAAAAAGGAAAAAAAAAGAGGCAAAAAGCCCACCAAAAAAACAAAAAAAGGAAAGAAAAAGGAAAAAAAAAAUCAAUGAACCUACAGGAAAAGCAACAAGAAAGGAAACGCGGGAGAAGCGGACUCCGGCCACGAGGCCCAGCCGCCUGCCCGCAGCUGCCUCCCUCCUGCGGCCCCUGGACACCCCUGCCCCCACCUUUGCCGCCAUCGAGCAUUCCAGCUGGUGCCGGGGCGCCCGCUGCCCCCGGCCCGCCGCACCCCGCAUCCCGCCCUUCGCCCGGCCCCCCACCUCGCAGAGAGCCCCGAGUCCAGCGCCGAGCAACCAAGCGUUUUAGCCAAGAAGCCAUGGAGUGGGUUUGGGGGUGGGGGGGAAGAAGG